UAUAAAAGAAAUCUAAAAAAGAACGCAUCCAAUUUUUAUAUUGGUUUCUCAUUUCAUUCCUUCGGCAUAACUCAUUUCACAAUUAGCUGCAUGCAGGUUAUCCCGAUGGCUAACGAAAUCGAAAUUAACAACUCAAUGUCAAAAGUCCCAAAAGAGCUUGAUAAACAAGAGUUGUUGCAGGAGAAAGACAAGUGUGUAUGGAUUCAAACUGUUGAUGGUGGAACAGUACAAGUAGAACAACAGAUCCUGCAAUUAUCCCCUGAGUUAUGGCUUCAAAUUAAAUCAGGAGUCGGUUUAAUGAAGAGCAAACCCCUUUUGGCGCCUCCAAAAGUUCAAGUAGCUGCAUUGACUUCAGUAGUUGAAUACUGUCGAUUUCAUCGAGUACCUGAUCGCUCUGACAAGGAGCGCAAGUUGUUUGCUGACAAAUUUUUGAAAAAGGAUUUGGACAGUCUUUGUCUUUUGACACAUGCUGCACGGUAUCUAGGGCUGGAGUGUCUGUGUGAUAAACUCUGUGAGGCUAUUGCUCGGCAUAUUUCAAAUAGUUCCUCCCAAGAGAAACAUGAUAUCUAUCGUUAUGCUACGAAACAUGCAAAGCCGGAAACACUGGAGGACAUGAAGAAUUUUAUUGGCCCCUUGCAAAGAAGGCUCAUUCAAAAACUGUCGGUGAAAAAGGAGAAAGAACUUGCAGAACAAGAGAACGCAAUGAAAGUGAAGGCUGAAGUGGAGGCUUCGAAGUGUGAAGAUAAAUGUUCAGUUGAUGACCUUGUUUCAUUUAUUAAUGGAGGAGAUGGAGACUCUAAGAAAGGACGAACGAAGAAAAAGAAGAAUCACAGAAGAAAGAAGGGACCAAAAGCUGUUCCUUCAGUCUGUCCUACAGCUGAACCGAGUUCCUCAACUCGGGAUGGUAGCCUCCCUGUUGAGGAUGAAUUUGAUGAUGGUGAUUGCGAUCCUGCUUUGAAGGAAGAGAUUGAUAGGGAAAUAAAAGAAUUUGCUCGAAGACUUGGACUGGAUUUAGAAGACUAGUAGUGUAUAGAGCCAUGAUUGAAGAAGCACUAGACGACCGGCAGAAAGAUCUCUCAGAAAUGGCCAUUACUGGAGUACUUUGCUGAUAAAGUGAGGAAAUGGGUGCGGGACUAAUAUCAGUCUAGUAAUACAUGUAACAUGUGUAUCAUUUAAGAUUCUUGAACGAGGAUAAUCAGAUUAUAAAGUUUACCCAGAGCUGUUGGAGAAUUAUGCCUAAUUUAUAAGAUCAGUGUUUUAUAUACAGUUUUGAUUGAAUAUAUGCUCAUCAAAAAA